CAGUCUCUUGCCACUUUGAAAGGAAGCAGGAAGUAGUGGCGAGUACCCCCGCAAUGAGACCGCUGCUGUUGCCGAGCUCUGCUGGUUGUGUCUUGCGGACACUUUUAAGGUUAUUUCCCACUUGUGGACACAGACUCGCCACCCGACCGACUGCUGUGCCACAUUUGUACUCCUCAAGAAAAAUGAUGCACUAUCAAACUGUGGAGCGAGGAAGCCCCAACACUCCAAAUUACCGGGUUUAUUUUAAAAACUCAGAAGGCAACUACAUUUCUCCUUUCCAUGACAUUCCUCUGAUAGCAGAGGCAGAACAGCAGGAUUUGCCAGCAAAGAAGGCAAAAAAGAGCGAAGUGCUCUUCAACAUGGUCGUGGAGGUCCCUCGGUGGUCAAAUGCAAAGAUGGAGAUCGCAACACAGGAACCUCUGAAUCCCAUCAUGCAAGAUGUGAAGAAAGGCAAGCUCCGAUAUGUCGCCAACAUAUUUCCCCAUAAAGGUUACAUUUGGAACUAUGGAGCCAUUCCACAGACGUGGGAGGACCCCAACCAUACCGACUCAGAAACAAAAUGUUGUGGCGAUAACGAUCCCAUCGACGUCUGUGACAUUGGUACACAGGUGUGUUCGAUUGGGCAGGUCAUCCAAGUGAAAGUGCUCGGAAUUUUGGCAAUGAUUGAUGAAGGCGAAAUGGACUGGAAAGUCAUCGCUAUCAAUGCAGAGGACCCUGAUGCUAAAAACUUAAAUAACAUAGACGAUGUCCGUAAGAACCGACCCGGUCAUUUAGAGGCCACUGUAGACUGGUUCAGGAAAUACAAAGUUCCUGAUGGGAAACCCGAGAAUCAAUUUGGAUUCAAUGCACAAUUCAAAGAUAAGGAUUUUGCUGUUGAGAUGAUCAAGUCCACUCAUAAGCACUGGAGGGCACUAGUGCAAAAGGAGACGAAUAGUGGAGGGAUUGAAUGUAAAAAUAUAUCUUGCAGCGAAAGUCCUUUCAAAUGCAAAGCAGAAGAAGCCAGAUACGUGGUCCAAUUGGCUCCUGAACUUAGUAGCGGUCAGUGUGUUCCUCCAGAAGUGGACAAGUGGCACUUUGUCUGACUGAGAAAACUUAGAGACAUCAUGGACACGAACAAAAAUAAAAUCGGAUCAUCCCAUCAAUCAGUAUCAACUUUGCUCUAGUUUUGAGAAGACAGAAUUGUCUGGUAAGGAUUAGUGGACACCUGUAUAAGUUUAUUGUACAAUAACGACCCAUGUAACAUAGUAGUGCCUUGAAUUCUUUUGAUAAUAAUAACAAUAAUAUUGUUUCUGGAUUGGAUUUAUAUGGUGCUCAAAGUGCAUGACACUGAGAACCCAUCAUUUUUUAAAUAUUAUUCACAUAAUGAUGGUGUCAAACUACAAUUGUCGCCACAGCUGCUUUGGGGUAGACUGAUGGAAACGUGGCUGCAAAUUUGCAGCAACGGCUCCUCCGAUCACCAUCAACCAUUCACUCAAAUUUAUGCACCAGUGUGGGUUGCACUGCAAGUAAGGUGGGUGAAGUGUCUUGCCUAAGGACAAGACGACAGUGACAGGGAUGUUAGAAAGCUGUAUUUUUACCUGGAACUUUAGAAAGCUGUAUUUUUACCUGGCUCUUUCCAAAAGGUUAGACGAAGACCAAUUUGUACCUAAACUGGAAAAAAUGUUUUCCAUAACAAAUAUUGUAAAUGCAAUUACCGUAUUUCCUUGAAGAGCCGCCGGGCAUGUAAUAUGCGCCUGCCUUGAACUACUGCCGGGUCAAACUCGCUCCCCAAAAUAAUUAGCAUAUGCUUACUUUUCCCGCCGGGUCAAAUUAGUGACAUCACGAGUGACGCUUCCCCUGUCGUCAUUUUCAAAAUGGCGGAGGAGGUUUUUUUUUGCUUUUACUGUGUAAACCAGGGGUCUUGUUCCACAGCCAUACAGAUCACACUGCUGGUUGUGAUAUGAACAACUUUAACACUCUUACUAAUAUGCGCCACACUCUGUGAACCCACACCAAACAAGAAUAACAAACACAUUUCGGGAGAACAUCGGCUCUGUAACACAUUAUAAACGCAACAUAAGAGUUACCCAGAAUGCCAUGCAUCCAUGACUCUUGGCUAUAUUAUACACCCCGCUAUCACCAACAGACCCCCCCUCGCCCCCCUAUCCGUGCGUCGGUUGAGGUGGGCGGGGUUGGGGGCGCGUGUAUAAUAUAGCCAAGAGUCAUGGAUGCAUGGCAUUCUGGGUAAUUCUUAUGUUGCGUUUAUGAUGUGUUACAGAGCUGAUGUUCUCCAGAAAUGUUUGUUAUUCUUGUUUGGUGUGGGUUCACAGAGUGUGGCGCAUAUUAGUAAGAGUGUUAAAGUUGUUUAUAUCACAACCUUCAGUGUAAACGGUAUGGCUGUUGACCAAGUAUGCAUUGCAAUCUCGUAUGAGAAGCUGUGAAAUGCAUGCGUCCGGCCGGUACGCUGAUAGCAUUGUGUAAAGGUGGCGCGAUGACAUGUUGUAAAGCAGUGGUCCCCAACCACCGGGCCGCGGCCGCAGAAGAAUUUUUAGCGCAGGGGUGAGAAGAGGUUUUAAAACUAUUAGCGCCUGCUUACUUUAACCGCAUGCCUUAAACAAGCGCAGGAGUGAGAAGAGGUUUUAAAUUAAUUAGCGCCCCGGCGGCUAUUCAAGGAAAUACGGUAAUCCAUCCCAGUCACCCACAAAUGUGUGCAAAAACUAUUAAAAAAUAAAUGCUCUGUACUUUGCUACAAGUUAUUCCUUGAUUUAAAUAGUGUUUCUCAACUUUAUUCAAGUUCGGGCAUUUGCAACAUUAUUUUUCCCCAUGUUUUUUUUGGCAGUCAUACUCAAUUUAAAAAAAUGCACAGAAUCUGAUUAAUCAUCACGUAGAAUUCUUUGUUUGGUAAAUUGAGUCUGCAGAAGGACAGGCGGACAAAAGGUGGCGUUUGUUACGCCGAGUAGUGGGUCUAUCGCAUACGGAUACUGGGGUAACAUUUUGGCAAAUAUUUGCAUCGUUAAGUAGGGCUGUACUGUAUGUUGUCAUCUUUAUGAUGUAUAUCCAAUCAGAUGUCUUAGCAUUGUCAGGUUUUUCAUGCCAUUUCCUUUUGUUGGGACCAUUAUCUUUGCAAGCGGUUCAUCAAGUGCAUUUAAUCGUUUUUUUUUUAAAUCUUUUAAUCCACAAUUAAUCAUAAGCUGUUAUAAGCAUUUGUUUGAUAGUCACAUAUCAUUUUUUCCACAAAAGAAAAAAGGGUCCCCAUUCCCUGAUUUUAAGAAUUCAUAAUGAAAACUGGGUCUUGAAUUUUCAGAAGCUCUCCAUUUCAAUGGUUGCUUUCUUAAUAAAAGACAUGAUGCGGAAAUAAAUGUGACACAUGUGCAUUACAGUAUUAAAGGAUCAUAGACACACAAACACAUUCAAAACUAAGAUUAUAUUUAAAACACAGGCAGCACUGAUUUUUAUACAAGUCAUGUAGCUUUAAAUAAAUAUAAAUUUAUUGAAAAAAAGAUAAAACACCCAUAUCUUGGCAAUAUCAGGAAUGAUAUAUUAAUACCAGCUUUCCAAUAAACUGCAUUCAGUACAUUACAAUGCGUACAGUAUAAUACCUAUGCUUAGUUCAUUUUUUGGGAGCAUACCAAACUGCAGGACAACAAGGGGAGUCCAUUCAGAAAUAAAAACAGCAAAAUGUUUGACUUUUUUUCCAA